GGUGAGCUGACGGCGCAGUUUAAUGACGUCACGAUCAUUGACAGCGUGAGGCCGCGGCGGCUGCUGCUGCUGCCAUGGUGGCUGGAGGCUGGGUGCAGCAUGUCUAGACUGGGGGCCUUGGGUGGCGCCCGCGCGGGGCUGGCACUGUUGCUUGGCUCCGCCGCCGGCCUUGGAUUCCUGUGCAUCCUUUACAGGCAGCGAUGGAAACGGACCCAGCGCCAUGGCGGGAGCCAGAUCCUGCCCAACUCCCUGGACUGCGCUCAGACUUCAGAGCCUGGACGCCAGGCGAUGCUGUUGCGAGCUGUCCCAGGUGAAGCUGGAGAUGCUGCGGUGUUACCCAGCCUUCCACAGGAAGGGCAGGAGAAGGUGCUGGACCGCCUGGACUUUGUGCUGACCAGUCUUGUGGCACUACGGCGGGAGGUGGAGGAGUUGAGGAGCAGCCUUCAAGGGCUUGCUGGGGAGAUUGUUGGGGAGGUCCGAUCCCACAUGGAGGAGAAUCAGAGAGCGGUUCGGCGACGGAGGUUCCCAUUUGCCCGGGAGCGGAGUGACUCUACUGGUUCCAGCUCUGUCUACUUCACAGCCUCCUCUGGAGCUGCAUUCACAGAUGCUGAGAGUGAAGGAGGUUAUACAACAGCCAAUGCUGAGUCUGACUAUGAGAGAGACUCUGACAAGGAGAGUGAGGAUGAAGGGGAAGAUGAAGUGAGCUGUGAAACUGUAAAGAUGGGAAGAAAGGAUUCUCUGGAGCUGGAGGUGGAAGCAGCUUCAGGUCCAGCAUCUGGUGUCUUAGAGGCUGAAGUCUCUCUGGGUCAUGAGGAUGUGCUGCCCCUCCUGCAGCAGGCUGAUGAGCUACACCAGGGCAGUGAGCAGAAUAAGCGUGAGGGCUUCCAGCUGCUGCUCAACAACAAGCUCGCGUAUGGAAGCCGACAGGACUUUCUUUGGCGCCUGGCCCGGGCCUACAGUGACAUGUGUGAGCUCACUGAGGAGGUGAAUGAGAAGAAGUCAUAUGCCCUAAAUGGAAAGGAAGAAGCAAAGGCUGCUCUGGAGAAGGGGAAUGAGAGUGCUGAAUGUCACCAGUGGUAUGCAGUGCUUUGUGGUCAGUUGGCUGAGCAUGAGGGCAUCCAGAGGCGCAUCCAGAGUGGCUUUAGUUUCAAGGAGCAUGUGGACAAAGCCAUUGCUCUCCAGCCAGAAAACCCCAUGGCUCACUUUCUUCUUGGCAGGUGGUGCUACCAGGUCUCUCACUUAGGCUGGCUAGAAAAAAAAACUGCUACAGCCUUAUUUGAAAGUCCUCUCAGUGCAACUGUGCAGGAUGCCCUACAAAGCUUCUUGAAGGUUGAAGAACUACAGCCAGGAUUUUCCAAAGCAGGAAGGGUGUAUAUUUCCAAGUGCUAUAGAGAACUAGGAAAAAACACUGAAGCUAAAAGGUGGAUGAAGCUGGCCUUGGAGUUGCCAGAUGUUACUAAUGAGGAUUCAGCUUUCCAGAAGGAUCUGCAAGAACUGGAAGUAAUUUUAGGAGAAUAAUCACAUUUCAAUGGCCUUUGUGACUUCAGGAAUACUAUUUAAGAGGGAAAAAAAAAAAAAAUCAAGGCUUUUUUUCCAUAGACCCUGCUAAGAUCAGAAAACCAAGCAAGACUGGUUUAGGUAGUGUUCUGCCCCCUGGGUCUGACUGUUACCCACUACCGUUCCCCAACUUCUUGCCUGCUGUCCAUCAGUUAAUUUAUUCUCAUGUUUUACCUAAUCUAAAAUUAGGGAAGAACUUGCACCUUGGGUUUCUGUUGUUCUUCCCCUUAAGGAAAUUCUUGAAAAAUGAAGACUUAAACUGGCAUUUGCCCUAGGGUUAAGUGUGGGUGGAUCCCUGAAGGCUGCUAGAGCUGAAAGAUGAAGUAGCAGCACUGCCAGUGAGAUAGAUGAACUUUCAAAGAGCUAAAGGAACAAAGAGAACUUGUCACUCUAAUGUUUUCACUGAUUAAUAUUCAUAAUAUUCAUUAGCUACAUCUUAAUCCUAAGAUCAUACCCUACUUACCAGGACAAAACGAGGGGCCAGAGCAGUUCAAUUAUUGCCCCUCUCAUCACCUAUCAUGUGGACUCUACCUGUAUUCCUGGGUUAAGGGGCUGGACCACUUGACUUCCAGAGUUCUGGCAGCUUUUGGAAUGACAGAAAUGGCAUUAGGGUUUAUUAUGCAACAAUGAUCUGAAGCAUUAUCUGGAAUAUAUUUUGGCACAAGCUUGAAAUAAACCAAAGUUGAUAACAA